GUCGUACAACCUGACUUUUCUUUAUCGCUGCAUUCCUGUCCCGUCGGUGGAGCGUACGUUUGUUUGACCUGCGAUUGUUGAUAAGACAGAACAGCAGCAGCAGCAGCAUCAUCAUGUCGCAGGAGGCAGUGGUCCACACUCCCCAACAACAACAUCAACACCAACAACCACAACAUCAACAACAUCAACAACAACUGCCUCCCACUCCACCAUCGGAAUCCUCACCAGAACCGUCCAACAUGUCCUCCAUCGACGACGCCCUGUCAGGAGACGCGACCACUUCUGCACCUCCACAUCCCUCUCCCUCUCAACACAAGCACAUUUGGGUCAUAACGGGACCAGCGGGAUGUGGGAAAACCUCCGUUGCCGAGCACCUGCACUCCACAUUAUCGUUGCCAUAUCUGGAGGGAGACACGUUCCACACGCCUGCCAACGUCGACAAGAUGGCACAGGGACAGCCUUUGACUGAUGCGGAUCGAUGGGACUGGCUGGUCACUCUGCGCGAGGAGUCGGUCAAGACGCUUCGAGCCUCGUCGUCGUCGUCGUCGUCGUCGUCGGCCGAUGGCGUUAUUGUCACCUGUUCGGCGCUCAAGAGAAAAUACCGAGAUGUGAUUCGAAUUGCGGCAUAUCACCAUCCAGAGAUUCGAGUGCACUUUGUGUUCCUCAAGGCCACAGAGGCGCUCUUGAUGGAACGAGUGCGGGCGCGACAGAAUCAUUACAUGAAGGAUUACAUGGUUCACAGCCAAUUCGAGAGCUUGGAAACCCCGACGCAGGACGAGACGGAUGUCCUGGCUGUGGAUGCCAGUGGCACCAGUACGCAGGUACAGGAACUUGCGCUCCGGAUCGUCAAGCAGGAGAUGGCGAGCGAGGCAACAUGACCAUCUAUCAGCACAAACUUGCCCUGAGCCCCAUUGCAGCAGUCCUGGACUGUCUUACGAACUUGUAGGAAAUAAAGCGAGACAUUCCCCAUUUUGUUACCUAGGUAAUAUCUGAUGCAUCAGCCCUGAGCCCAUGCUUCUUCUACAAUAUCAGCGAGCUCUUGAAGAGUUUCCACACGAAGUUUAAACCCAUACUUCUCCUCUGCCCCUGUCGUAUCGCCUCCCAUAAACCCUUUUCUAUCAACCCACACGCCCUGCAGUCCAACCUGCUUCGCAGGACCAUGAUCAUGGAACAGCGACUGUGCCACAUGACACAGCUCCUCCUUUUCCACUCCCAAUUCCGACUUGACAUGAUCCAGCAAAUAAUAAAAAUUCCUCACAUCCGGCUUAUACGACCCAAUAUCUUCCGCCGUAUAAAUCCGAUCAAAAUGACAUCCCUGCAACGGCCCCGCCAACGUCUCCCGGAACGACGCAUGAUCCACAUUUGACACGGGAACGAGUUGAUAUCUCUUUCCCAGCCGCUGGAUCGCCUGCACGGUAUCUGCAAAAGCAGGAUACGCUCCAAUUUGCGUGGAAUAUUCUCGUGCGGCACGCUCUACUUCCUCGGAGGUCACGUGGCCUUGUUCGACGACGCCUAGUUCGGCGGCAUAGCGACGCAGGCCUUCUGCAAUGAUGUCUUGUUGUUUACUCGUGGGUUGCUCGCGUUGGACGGACGUGUCGUGGCGCUCAAUGGCGAGGAGCAGGUCGCGGUCACUGGGAGGUAGGAAUGGGGCGAGAGCGGUGGCGCGUGCUGAUUGCGCGAUGCCGCUUUCCCAGUCAAUCAGAGUGCCGUAAAUGUCAAAUGAAAGCGCCUUGAUCUGCGUCCAUGGGAU